AUGAGCGUUGAACGGCACUUGGACGGCAAAGUCGCGCUAGUGACUGGCUCCACCAGUGGGAUUGGGCUUGCCAUUGCCCACGUUUUGGCAAAGAGGGGCGCCAGCAUCAUCCUGACAGGCUUCGGUGACGAGCAACUGACCAGUAAACUGAAGGAGGAUUUCACCAGCAAAUAUAAGUGUCGAGUUGAUUACAUUGCGGCAGACCUCAAUAAGGUUGCAGACAUCAAUGAGCUGUUCACCAGUGUCAUCAAGUUAUAUCCAGAGGGCGUGGACGUUCUAAUUAAUAAUGCAGGAUACAAUCACGUCUGCCUUGUUGAGGAAUACCCUGAGGAGAAAUGGGACGACAUGGUGGCAGUCAUGCUGUCAGCUCCUUUUCACCUCUGCAAAAGGUUUAUACCACUCAUGAAGAAAAAGGGCUGGGGGCGCAUCGUCAUCACUUCUUCUGUGCACGGUAUGAUAUCGACAGCAGGGAAAGCAGUGUACAGCGCAGUUAAACAUGGCGUUGUGGGAUUGGCAAAGGGUAUUGCGCUGGAGGUUGUUGAAUACGGCAUCACAUGUAAUACUAUAUGUCCAGGGUUUGUAGAAACAGCUGCAUUCCAUUUAUUCUAG